UCCCCUCUCUUUCUUUCUUUCUCUGUCUCUCUUUCUUACACACAUACACGCGCAUAUAUUUUGUCACUCCCCGUUCUCUUCGCUGCUCGUUGAUGACGAACGCAACAAGAAGCAACGAUACAUUGCUUCGUCUGGAAGCAAACAGUAAAAAUUCACCGACGUAGCUUCGCUACGAUUCCACCUCUUUUCUUCCACCUUCCGUCUCUUUGUAGGACACCACGGCGAGUCAUCUCUCUUGCUAUCGUCAGUUGCAAAGCGCUUCCCGCCGGCGAAGCGUCUCUUUUCCGAACGUUCUUUCCAACAUCAUCAUUAUCGAUUCCGACGAUACUUCCGAGUGUGCAUACUACCUGUUUGGUACACGCUAUCAACUUAAGUGUAUCGGCCAGGGACCGGUGUAUUCAGUGCGUCGAGAUUACAGGCUGUGAGAACAGAAAAAAUCCGGCGCGAAGCUCAAAUGCGACACACCGCGAACGAGUGGAACUUUCGCAUUAUUCAGGACGUGAUGAAAGAGACGCUGGUAAAGCAAGAGAUCAAAAUGGAAUGGGAGGGUCAUCAUGCGGAUGAUAAUUCAUCGCAAGUUCCUGGAACGGAAGAUCACACAGCCGGGAGUCCUCAAAGUGUAAUAACGACCAGAAGACAUGUGAGAACGAUUACUACUGCUGGUCAUAUAACCGAGGGAAUUACCGAAGUUGAUCCGGAAUCGCCAGAUUCGAAUUCGGUUACCGGAAGUCUUCAUCAAGGACUUCAACAAAGAGAGCAACACGAACAAGCUCAACAGUGUAAUUUCCAUGAGGAACAGCAACGGACUCAUCAAACGCAGCAACAUUACGUGCAGCUCUCUCAUACGAACACUGAAGAUCAACAACGAUCAACGGAUCAGCAACGCGUCGUUUACGCCACCAGCAGCGGACAGGAAGUUCAAGUCGAAGUUUCCGAAACUUCCGAGGCUACCAUCACACUUACGGUUAAGGAACCACCCAGAUACGACACACCUGCGCCAGACAGAAUGGAAGUAGAUCGGAUAUACGCUUAUUCCGACGGUCAUGAAGUCCGAAGAGAGAACCAUGUGAUCACCGUACAGGUACCGGACCAUCGACGAACUCAGCAGGCCGGCCACCAAAGAUUCAGUCCUCACGAGAAUCAUCAAGCGUCCGGGCCGAGCGCUGGCACCAGAUAUCAGACGUCGCCAGUUCUGACUACAACGGAGGACUAUGACGCCUCGACGAUCGUUACGCAGUCAGGAUCUACAGUCCAUCUCAGAUCACCCGCACCUCCGUACUCGCCGCCAAUCGAUGGUAUGCGUGCCGGUCAGCAACAACUCGUAGCAACGAGUUACGCCGACGCCAGCGGUGUUGUCAAGUACGAUGCCGAAGUCGCGGCCGCCGCGGAAACCAUCAAAGCUCCCAAUACGUACACCACCUUGGAAACGGUCGCUAUUCCACCCGCACAACCUGUUCAAUACACACAGUAUUUAUCUGCUGGUGAGACUUUUCAGCAGACCCCGACGUAUAGUUAUACCAAGCCAGGAGAUCCCGUGAUUUUGGCAUAUCCACCAGCGACGCAACUUGGCUCGAGAGUUACUGAGGUAGAAUCAUCCGGCAGCACCUACAUGAAGGGCGAUCCCACGUUAGCAUCAUCCUUGCCCGCCACCCGACCGAUUCCACUGCAUUACGAACAACCUGGUUCACCAAGUUCCCAAGUGACUUUGUACAGCACAGGACCGACGUCGUAUCAAUAUGUAAAACCUUCUUCGGGUGAUCCGUACUGGCCAAGCGGCAGUACUCCCUCACCCCCGACUUUGGAGUACGUUCAGAGCUAUCCGGGCAUCACCGCCAUUUCCGUCAACGAUGCUACCAACGUGCAACUCUACCCCAACUGUAGCGGUGGAUACAGCGUUUCCGCGAGCGGAAAUGGACCGCCUCCCGGGUGGACCACCCUUCCACUUUCUGACGAGGGUUUCGAAGGAACCAUUAUAGCAACGGAACCCAAAGAAUGUGUUAAUUGCGCGGCCAGCAUGACGCCUUUAUGGAGAAGAGACGGCACUGGCCACUACCUUUGCAAUGCUUGCGGGCUCUACAACAAGAUGAAUGGCGUCAAUAGGCCACCCAUGCGCUGCACCAAACCAAAGCAGUCUGCUGCGCCGGUAAACAUUGCUAAUGUACGGAGGGCAGGGGUACAAUGUGCAAAUUGUAGGACAAGCAACACAACCCUUUGGAGACGAAACAAUAAUGGCGAACCAGUCUGCAAUGCGUGCGGCCUUUAUUUCAAGCUGCAUAACGUGAAUAGGCCUUUAAGCAUGAAAAAGGAAGGAAUACAGACGCGAAAGAGGAAACCGAAGAGUCACUCGGGCAUCACUGGAAAUCUUCCUGGUCCUAGUGGUAUUCACAAGACCGAUAUGAAGUCCAGUCUACUUGUGGACUCGUUGCAGUUGAACAUGUACGUAAGCGGGGGUGGGGGUGGUGUUGGGGUUGAAGAGCAUUGUCUUCCUGUAGGUACACCAACUGGAACACAAUUAGGGCAUGCACACUCGCCUCUCGCAUUACCUACCGCUGCCGUGUUGAAUCGCCAAACUACCCUUACCGUGCCACCACUAGAACCAAUCACUAGUCAAUCCAGCAGCGACAUCGCUUCGGUUAUAACGUCAACUACGGCCGCCCAUGCUGAGAAGUCUUGAAUACCGUUGAAUUCUGUUCUGUAGAGUUUGUAGAAAUUCUAUACUUGCCGACCGUAGCUGUAAUACGAAUGUGUAUUGAUUUUAUUAUUGGUUUCAACAUCGAAAUACGUUGAUUAUCAUUAAAAAAGCGAUUGCAAAUAGAUAGAAUUAUCCUGUACAAAAAAGAAAUAGGAUAUAUAUUAUAAGCAUACAGUUUACAUACAUGUAACUUGUAAACUGUUGUAAACAUAUAUAUUAUAUAUAUAUAUACAUAUAUAAUUUGUAUUCAUUCGGAUAUUUAGCACUGAAACGACUUUAUCAAUCUGAUACGAAAGAUGAAGAUCAGUACUGAAUAUGUUUUAUCAAAACCAAAGGAGUCACUCCGACAUCACUAUCUAAUUAUUGCGAAUUUUCCAAAUUCGAAAAUGAAUUUUUAAACUGUG